AUAUUUGAAAGAAAUUGCAAAAGAAAGGGAUAUUGACGAAAAUAAUAAAGAGCAACUUGAUAAUGAAACACAUUAUGCAAUAGAUGAAGAAAUAAAUGUAGAAAAAGUAACAGGUGAAGAAAUGAAUAUAGAAAUAACUAAUGAAAUGAACGAAAAUAUUGAUGCAGAUAUAUAUACAAAAAGGAGAAUAAAUAUAGAAGAAAUGAAUAUAAAAAAAGAAACAAAUAUAGGAGAAGAGCAAGUUAAUAUAGAAAAAAAAGGAUAUAUAUGA